AUGAAGGCUGAGGUAGCUUUGUUCCGCAAGUGGCCCUACGACGGCGUGAGCCUGUCCGAUCUGUCCUUGGUCGACUGUAUCGCCAUCCAGGGCAAGGCUCGCGUUUUUACACCGCACACGGCUGGACGUUACCAGAAAAAGCGCUUCAGAAAGACUCUGUGUCCCAUAGUUGAACGUCUGGUAAACUCUUUGAUGAUGCACGGAAGGAACAAUGGCAAGAAGCUGAAGGCGAUUCGCAUAGUAAUGCACGCAUUCGAGAUCGUACAUUUGAUGACUGAUCAAAACCCAAUUCAGGUCUUCGUGGACGCCGUUAAGAACGGUGGCCCUAGGGAGGACUCCACCAGAAUUGGAUCAGCGGGUGUGGUUCGGAGACAGGCAGUCGAUGUUUCCCCCCUGAGGAGGGUGAACCAAGCCAUUUAUCUGAUCUGUACCGGUGCAAGGAAUGCUGCAUUCAGAAACAUCAAGACGAUUGCUGAGUGUUUGGCCGACGAAAUCAUGAAUUGCGCGAAAGAGUCGCCAAGCUCGUACGCCAUCAAAAAGAAAGACGAAAUAGAACGUGUCGCCAAGGCGAACCGUUAA